ACUGCUCAUUUAUGUAUAAACGUAGAAAAAAGUGUUCGUGUUAAGUUAUACUGCACAAUUAUAACAAAAACGAAAUAGUGUGAAUAGUGUGCUCCCGCUGCGAAAUAAGCAAAAACCCAACAACAAACAUAAACAAACAGUAUAACAUGGAAACCGAAGAGUCAAUAGCCGCAGAUACAAAUGCUGUAGCAUCAACAAAUGGCAUUUCCGAACAUGUAGAGCAUGAUAAGGAGGAAUACGAGAGGGUGGAGGAUGCCACAAAGGACCACCCGGAUGAAGUUAUUGAUUACCAAGGAGAAGUAGUAGAGGGCGACGACACAGUCAAUACUGAAGUGGUGGAGGAGGAGGAGGAGUAUGGAGGUAUGGAGAUGGGAGUGGCCGAGUACCUAGAGGGCGAAAUGCCUGAAGAGGAGGAUGAAAGCCACGUAAAGGAGGACGAAAACGCUCAAAUUCCAGAGAAAGGCGACCAGGAAGCUGAACCAGAGGAAGCUUCAUUUGUAGAAUCCGAAGAGGGUGAGCUUAUCACGGGGGACGGGGACGACCCACAGCCCAAAACAGUAAUACAUACCACAGAGAAUAAUGAUGCCAGCGUAAGUGCACGUGCAAGCGUACAGCAAAAGGACGAAGUUGAUGAGAACCAGUGCCGUGUCUGCACUGGUAAGAAGGAACUAGUCAGCUUAUUUAAAAAGGUAGCCAAUGCUACGCCCGCUGACAUGCUAAUGACGAUAUGUCCCAGUGUAUCCAUUGCGUUGAAAGAUUACAUGCCGCAGUUCAUCUGCAACGGAUGUCUCGACAGCGUUACAAUUGCCAUAAAUCUGAAGAAUAAGCUGGAGACGACCGAAAGGGACCUGCGCAAACACUUGUCACGUAGUAAAAACAAAGUGCGUCGACCGCGCGGCUAUGUGGUAAUCGAUGCCCCUGUCUCAGAUUCUGGUAGCGAGGAGGAGGAGCUCAAUGACGAUGUAGAAUUCAAGGUAUCUGACGUGGGUGGCUCCACAACAGCGGAAAGCGACUCGGCGGAUUCGGAUAUAAGUGAUAAGCGUAAAAGGACGUCGGGUAGGGGCCGACGUAAACGUAAACAGGGAAGAAAACGUGCAGUGUCGGGCAGCGGCAACAACAACGACGAUGAUGGAAUUGGCCACAAAAAGAAAUGUAUAGCACCGGCAGCCGCAAGUCAAGGACCCUUCGAAUGCGAUCGUUGCGACUUGACGUUUUCACGAAAGCAAUCCUACGUUUUGCAUCGCAAAACGCACGACCCAAGCCGAGAAAUUCAGUGUGAGAUUUGCAAUAAAAUAUUUAAGGUGCAGCGUGCGUUUCAAACUCAUAUGGAACGUCAUGAACUAGAGCGCUUGCAAUUCAAUUGUGAACUUUGCCCCGAGGCAUUUAAGCUGCGCGCAGAAUUGAAGCGCCAUAUGUCUAUGAAGCAUGACGAAGAUGGCCUGAUAUAUGAGUGUAAGCGAUGUCACCGCACUUUCCUUACGCAGACACGUUUGCAGCGGCAUCAGAGUCUGAAUUGUCCGCGACUGCCCGACGUGAAGAGCACUAAACGCAGCACUGUUAGUGGCGAAAAUUUGACGCAGGGUCGGGACCUUUUCAAGUCGGUGGCGCCUCCUACCACUACCUAUUGGAGUGACAGUUUUUCUGAAUAAAUGUCGCACGUUGCUUCAUGCAAGACUUUAUGU